UCGUCGUUUGUUUCCUCUCAUAUCGACGGCUUUUUCUUAGAUGUCGGUGUCAUUUAUAGCUCGGACUGUCUUGUUAGCUCGGCUUGCUAGUUUCUGGCUAACGGAGGGCCAAGCGCAAAAAAGAAAAACAGGCCGUCGGUAUCUCCCGGUCUGUUUGAUUUGUGGGAGGAGUUGAACAUCUGAUCUCAAACAUCUGGUUUAGGAUCAGUUAAUCUUUUGAAGUCACCUCCGCCAACAUCUUCAUCACUGUUAGCUUCAGAUGAGCCAUGUCUUCGUCAGGGUGCUGCCAGCUCCCCGGCUCUCUUUGUGAUUAUUCUGGGAACAAUGAAACUGAUGCCUCCAAGGAUUCAGAGGAGUCUGACUCCACCACACAGGCCCAAUAUGUUGCCAAGGUUACAGCUAAAGAUGGCCACCCACUCUCCACUGUUGUCAAAGCUGUGAGCUUGCAAAGUGAUGUUGGGAUGUGUCGAAUUUGUCACGAGGGAGCUGGAGGGGAGACAUUGCUCUCACCCUGCGACUGCACUGGUACACUGGGCAAAGUGCACAAAAGCUGUCUGGAGAAGUGGCUAUCAUCCUCCAACACCAGCUACUGUGAACUUUGUCACACAGAGUUCACUAUUGAACGACGACCACAACCACUCACACAGUGGCUGAAGGACCCCGGCCCUCGCAGUGAGAAGCGCACAUUGCUGUGUGACAUGGCCUGCUUCCUCCUCAUUACACCCCUGGCAGCUAUCUCUGGGUGGCUGUGUCUGAGGGGGGCCCAGGACCAUCUGCAGCUGAAGAGCAGGCUAGAGGCUGUCGGCCUCAUUGCCCUCACCAUCGCCCUCUUCACCAUCUACAUCCUCUGGACACUGGUGUCAUUUCGGUACCACUGUCAGUUGUACUCUGAGUGGAGGAGGACCAAUCAGAAAGUGCGCCUGCUCAUGCCCGAUAUGAAAGGCGCGCACACCACCCAGCGUUCAGUGCCGACCAAGUCGACCAAGAAAAUGACUGAUGAGACUAUCGUAUGAGUGCUGAGCAUUUGGAGCAGGAGUAUUUAAAAUCAAGCUUACCUGAGCACUCCCUAAAAACAAAUCAUCAUAAUGAACUUUUGCACUGCAAACGGACCAUCCUGACAGAGGAGAGCUUCUUUCUCAUAACAUUUUCUUUUUUUUAAGCACUUAAUUAUGAAAAAAAACAAAAGAAGAAAAACACUGCUAUGAUAUAGGCAAACCACAAAAGUGUUUUUGGGAAGAACUAUUUUCACAGCCGUAUUAGAUAAAAACUGAAACGUCUUCUGAGAGUCAGUGCUGGGAUGUGAACGACUGGACACAUGGAAAAUGGACAAACCAGCCUGACUUUUCUCAAGUCAGUGACAAAGAACUUGUGAAAUACUAAGACACAAGCUAAUGUAGCAGGAUAUUACUGAUUCAGCAUGCUACUACAGUAUAAUAUAAAACAUAUUCACUACCUACAAUUUCCCCACUUCCCUUCAAAAUGUAUCUAACUGGAUUUGAACAAUGGUUGAACUAACUGUGGAACAUUUAAGAAAGAUAUCUUGACAAAGUCUAGCUGUGAGUACUACUGUUGUUUUCUUUGACAACAGAGGACAACUGUCACUCCUACCACUGUUUUUGUCUGUAGUCUAAACUUUUUAAUUUUCCAUGUGAAGCUUUUAUAUUGCUGUCUAAAGAGUGAAAAUCAAACCCUGUUUGUGUUUAGAUGGCAGACGAGGCGUCACAUAUUAAUUGCACUCGUCAGGGGCUACAAGACAAAGUAUUAAAGGUACAGUGGUGCUUGAAAGUUUGUCAAGUCUUUAGAAUUUUCUGUAUUUCUGCAUAAAUAUGACUUUUAGUCAUCAUCAUAUUUUCACACAAAUCCUAAAAGUUGAUAAAGAGAACUCAGUUAAACAAAUGA